AAAAAUCCGAGUUCUCUUCAACGCAGCUUUUAUAGCUAGCUCUGACGUAGUACCGGAAGUUGAACCAGGGAGCGAAAAUGCAGCGAGAGAAAACAAGCAACACCACGGCGGCUGCUGCUGCGGCGGCUGAAAAGCCGGACCGGGAGGCCGCCAUCAUGUCCAAGUACUACGAUGGGGUCGAGUUUCCUUACUGCGACGAGUUCUCUAAAUAUGAGAAAAUGGCCAAAAUUGGACAAGGAACCUUUGGGGAGGUGUUCAAAGCAAAGCACAGACAGACUGGGAAGAAGGUGGCGUUGAAGAAAGUGUUGAUGGAGAAUGAAAAAGAAGGAUUUCCGAUCACCGCUCUGAGAGAGAUAAAGAUCCUGCAGCUGCUCAAACAUGAAAACGUUGUCAAUCUGAUCGAGAUCUGCAGAACCAAAGCCACUCAGUUCAACAGAUACAAAGGCAGCAUCUACCUGGUGUUUGACUUCUGUGAGCACGACCUGGCAGGGCUGCUGAGUAACACCAACGUGAAGUUCACUCUGGCCGAGAUCAAGAAGGUGAUGCAGAUGCUGCUGAACGGACUUUACUACAUCCACAGGAACAAGAUCCUGCACAGAGACAUGAAAGCAGCCAACGUGCUGAUCACCAGAGACGGUGUCCUGAAGCUGGCUGACUUCGGUUUGGCUCGAGCCUUCAGUCUGGCUAAGAACAGUCAGGGGAACCGAUACACCAACAGAGUGGUGACGCUGUGGUACAGACCUCCAGAGCUGCUGCUGGGAGAGCGAGACUACGGCCCUCCCAUCGACCUGUGGGGAGGAGGCUGCAUCAUGGCGGAGAUGUGGACCAGGAGUCCCAUCAUGCAGGGAAACACGGAGCAGCACCAGCUGACCCUCAUCAGCCAGCUGUGUGGCUCCAUCACUUCAGAGGUGUGGCCCGGCGUAGAUAAAAAGUACGAGCUGUACCAGAAGAUGGAGCUCCCGAAAGGUCAGAAGAGGAAAGUGAAGGACCGCCUGAAAGCGUACGUCAAAGACCCGUACGCUCUGGACCUGAUCGACAAACUCCUGGUGCUUGACCCGGCGCAGCGCACUGACAGCGACGACGCGCUCAACCACGACUUCUUCUGGUCCGACCCGAUGCCGUCUGACCUGAAGAACAUGCUCUCCACACACAACACCUCUAUGUUCGAGUACCUGGCCCCGCCCAGGCGGAGAGGUCACAUGCCGCAGCAGCAGCCCAACCAGAACAGAAACCCGGCCACCACGAGCCAGACGGAGUUUGACCGGGUGUUUUAGGUGGAGGAGAGGUUUAUGGACAAACUGACAUGAAAGACUUCUUCUACAGAAGAGCACUCCACAGUCUCUUAGUUUGGCAGACUUCAGCUCCAGGAGAUCUCUAGAGGAUCAUUGUUCUUAGUUUACAGCAGAGGAUGCAGAUGGUUCAGGUUGAUCUGGAUCAGGACUGAUAUUUCAAAGCAGAACGUUUCAAAGCCGACUUCUCUUCCUCUUCCUUUCUUUAUUUUUUUUUGAUCAUGAAGAGACUUUAGUUAAAGCCUGAGCUCACGGCCCGGGUGUUUUAACUCGUUAACGCUAUGUCUGAUGAGUCUUGCAUUCAUAGUUUCUGUAUUUGUACUCUUAUUAUUGUUUUACAUAAAGAUGACUGUGUCUUUGCUGACUGUGCAGUAAUCUGAGGUUUUUAUUUAUAAUGUGAAACUUUCCUUUAAAGACCGCCACUGAAGUUUGAGACACGCUGAGAAAUCACCCAAAAUAAAGUGGUUAUUUUUCCUAAA